AUGGAAAACGAGGCGCAACUUUCAUACUAUCAUUCAAAGAAAUCUAUGAUUAAAGAAAUAUCUGAAAAAAAUGUUGAUAAAGACAAAAAAAACACGUUAUUUCGAUUUCGAUCAACCAUUACUAUUAAUAUACCUUUAUUCGGUUUUCUCGCGUCAUUUGCUUUUUUUCUAAAGAAUCCACAUCAACAUCAAAGUCAAAAGAAGUCCUUCAAUUUAUUCCUUUUGGCUUGUCUUGGAUUCUUUUCAAUACUUGGAUUAUAUCAUUUUGGUUAUAAUAAUUCUACCGUUAGCAUUAUUAUUCCAACUCCAAGUAUUGUCACUUUAAAUGACAUUACUCAAAAUAAUAUAACUACUCAAGGUGUUGGUAUGAAUAUUACUUUACAAGAAGUUGCUAUGACAAAAUUUGUCAAAAUUCAAGUAAACACUUCAUCAAAUAAUAAUCACGCAAUGUCUUUAAACAAUUCUAUGAAUUCGGUAUCAGUUGUUGUAGUUGAUGAUAUAAUUAAUCUUAAUGAUGGGUUAAUUAAAUUUAAGGAAGAAUUGGAUAAUGUUAUUUCUUUCUUUACGAAUCUAAAUUCUCAACAAAGUGAUUCGAAAAAUAUUUUAAAUAUGAAUGUUGAGAAUGAUUUAGAUAAUGAUUUUAAACAAUUGCCGUCAAAUUAUUCUUCAUCUCUUUUUCAACGUCUGGAAUGCUUGGAUGAUUUUGAACUGUCAGAAGAUGACGACGACUUCUUCUUUGAAGAAUCAGAAGAUUCAGAAGAUCCGUGGGAAGAAUCAGAAGAUUCAGAAGAUCCGUGGGAAGAAUCAGAAGAUUCGUGGGAAGAAUCAGAAGAAUCGUGA